GACGUCUUUCUAUUCCACAAUUUACCCCUGGACUCAUUAUCAUUUUCGAGUCUUCAGUCAAAUUGGGAAUAUUCUCUACCUUGUCCUACAUAUACGGCAAAAUGUUGCGGUGGUACCAGUCCAAGUUGGCCAAGCAACCUAUUCUCACUGCCAGUGUCACCAGUGCUAUACUCUUCGGUAGCGGUGACGUCCUCGCUCAGCAACUGGUGGACCGGAGGGGUCUCGAGAAACAUGACAUCGCAAGAACUGGGCGCAUGGCUCUUUAUGGUGGAGCAAUCUUCGGUCCGGCCGCCACGACAUGGUUCGGUUUCCUUCAACGUCAUGUCGUCCUGAAGAACAGCAAGGCUACGAUCGUCGCUCGGGUUGCGGCUGAUCAAUGUCUCUUUACCCCGAUACACCUUACCUGUUUUCUGUCGUCUAUGGCCAUUAUGGAGGGCAGCGACCCGAUUGAGAAACUACGCACCACCUUCCUCCCCAGUUACAAGGCCAACCUCACCAUCUGGCCUCUGGUGCAGGGUGUUAACUUUACAUUCGUGCCAUUGGAAUACCGUGUACUCGCGGUCAACUUGGUUAGCUUGGGUUGGAACUGUUUGUUGAGUAUGAUCAACAGUGGUGACGCAUGAUUUUCUUUUUCUUUCUUCUCUCCUUUUCAGCUUUGCGUUGUAUUGGAUUCCGGCUCUUCUUCCUAAAAAGUUAUCUGCUACUCCUUUUGUGAUAGAAUAGAGGGGCAUGUUGAUCGGUUCAUCUUUCGGGUUAUAUAGAUCUGCUAGAUUGGCGGCUAGAUCGCGUCGAC